CACCCGCGCCCCCCACGCCCCGGCCCCGGGAGAUGUGCCGGGCGGGGGGCCCGGGUCCGCGGAGCCGCAGGAGAGACGCGCACGGCCGACCCCGACAGGCUGGUGGGCCAGGCCGCGGCGCCCUCCUGGUGAUGAGGCGAGCAGCCCCCCGCAUCCGCCUCUGAGAGCCCCCCCGGCAGCCACCAUGGCCCGCCUGGCAGCUGCCACUUGGAGCCUGUGUGUCACGGCCGUGCUGGUCACCUCGGCCACCCAAGCGGGCCUGAGCCGGGCCGGGCUCCCUUUCGGGCUGAUGCGCCGGGAGCUGGCAUGCGAGGGGUACCCCAUCGAGCUGCGGUGCCCGGGCAGCGACGUCAUCAUGGUGGAGAACGCCAACUACGGACGCACGGAUGACAAGAUCUGUGACGCGGACCCCUUCCAGAUGGAGAACGUGCAGUGCUACCUUCCCGACGCCUUCAAGAUCAUGUCCCAGAGGUGCAACAACCGCACCCAGUGCGUGGUGGUCGCCGGCUCGGACGCCUUUCCCGAUCCCUGUCCCGGGACCUACAAGUACCUGGAGGUGCAGUACGACUGUGUCCCCUACAAAGUGGAGCAGAAAGUCUUCGUGUGCCCGGGGACCCUGCAGAAGGUGCUGGAGCCCACGUCCACGCACGAGUCGGAGCACCAGUCGGGCGCGUGGUGCAAAGACCCGCUGCAGGCCGGCGACCGCAUCUACGUGAUGCCCUGGGUGCCCUACCGCACCGACACGCUCACCGAGUACGCGUCGUGGGAGGACUACGUGGCCGCGCGCCACACCACCACGUACCGGCUGCCCAAACCGCGUGUGGACGGCACGGGCUUCGUGGUCUACGACGGCGCCGUGUUCUACAACAAGGAGCGCACCCGCAACAUCGUCAAGUACGACCUGCGCACCCGCAUCAAGAGCGGGGAGACGGUCAUCAACACGGCCAACUACCACGACACGUCGCCCUACCGCUGGGGCGGCAAGACGGACAUCGACCUGGCCGUGGACGAGAACGGGCUGUGGGUGCUCUACGCCACCGAGGGCAACAACGGGCGGCUGGUGGUGAGCCAGCUGAACCCCUACACGCUGCGCUUCGAGGGCACCUGGGAGACGGGCUACGACAAGCGCUCGGCCUCCAACGCCUUCAUGGUGUGCGGGGUCCUCUACGUGUUGCGCAGCGUCUACGUGGAUGACGACAGCGAGGCGGCCGGCAACCGCGUGGACUACGCCUUCAACACCAACGCCAACCGCGAGGAGCCCGUGGGCCUGGCCUUCCCCAACCCCUACCAGUUCGUGUCCUCCGUCGACUACAACCCCCGCGACAACCAGCUCUACGUGUGGAACAACUACUUCGUGGUGCGCUACGGCCUGGAGUUCGGGCCGCCCGACCCCAGCGCCGGCCCGGCCACGUCCCCACCGCUCAGCACGACCACCACGGCCCGACCCACGCCCCUCACCAGCACCGCCUCGCCGGCAGCCACCACCCCGCUCCGCCGGGCGCCGCUCACCACGCAUCCGGUGGGCGCCAUCAACCAGCUGGGACCUGAGCUGCCACCGGCCACCGCCCCGGUGCCCAGUACGCGGCGGCCCCCCGCCCCCAACCUCCACGUGUCCCCCGAGCUCUUCUGCGAACCGCGAGAGGUGCGGCGGGUGCAGUGGCCUGCCACUCAGCAGGGCAUGUUGGUGGAGCGGCCCUGUCCCAAGGGCACACGAGGGAUUGCCUCCUUCCAGUGUCUGCCGGCCUUGGGGCUCUGGAACCCUCGGGGCCCCGACCUCAGCAACUGCACCUCCCCCUGGGUCAACCAGGUGGCCCAGAAGAUCAAGAGCGGGGAGAACGCGGCCAACAUCGCCAGCGAGCUGGCCCGCCACACCCGGGGCUCCAUCUACGCUGGGGAUGUGUCGUCUUCCGUGAAGCUCAUGGAGCAGCUGCUGGACAUCCUGGAUGCGCAGCUGCAGGCCCUGCGCCCCAUCGAGCGCGAGUCGGCGGGCAAGAACUACAACAAGAUGCACAAGCGGGAGAGAACCUGCAAGGACUAUAUCAAGGCGGUGGUGGAGACAGUAGAUAACCUGCUGCGGCCCGAGGCGCUCGAGUCCUGGAAGGACAUGAACGCCACCGAGCAGGUGCACACAGCCACGAUGCUGCUGGAUGUGCUGGAGGAGGGCGCCUUCCUGCUGGCCGACAACGUGCGCGAACCAGCCCGCUUCCUGGCCGCCAAGCAGAACGUGGUCCUGGAGGUGACGGUGCUGAACACGGAGGGUCAGGUGCAAGAGCUGGUGUUCCCGCAGGAGUACCCGAGCGAGAACUCCAUCCAGCUCUCGGCCAACACCAUCAAGCAGAACAGCCGCAACGGGGUGGUCAAGGUUGUGUUUAUCCUCUACAACAACCUGGGCCUCUUUCUGUCCACGGAGAACGCCACGGUGAAGCUGGCGGGUGAAACGGGCACCAGCGGCUCCGGGGGCGCCUCCUUGGUGGUCAACUCACAAGUCAUUGCUGCCUCCAUCAACAAGGAGUCCAGCCGCGUCUUCCUCAUGGACCCCGUCAUCUUCACUGUGGCGCACCUGGAGGUGAAAAACCACUUCAAUGCUAACUGCUCCUUCUGGAACUACUCGGAGCGAUCCAUGCUAGGCUACUGGUCCACACAGGGCUGCCGCCUGGUGGAGUCCAAUAAGACGCACACCACGUGCGCCUGCAGCCACCUCACCAACUUCGCCGUGCUCAUGGCGCAUAGAGAGAUCUACCAGGGCCGCAUGAACGAGCUGCUGCUGUCCGUCAUCACGUGGGUGGGCAUCGUGAUCUCCCUGGUGUGCCUGGCCAUCUGCAUCUCCACCUUCUGCUUCCUGCGGGGGCUGCAGACCGACCGCAACACCAUCCACAAGAACCUUUGCAUCAACCUCUUCCUGGCCGAGCUGCUCUUCCUGGUGGGGAUUGACAAGACCCAGUACGAGAUCGCCUGCCCCAUCUUUGCGGGGCUGCUGCACUAUUUCUUCCUGGCCGCCUUCUCGUGGCUCUGCCUAGAGGGCGUGCACCUCUACCUGCUGCUGGUGGAGGUGUUCGAGAGCGAAUACUCACGCACCAAGUACUACUAUAUGGGCGGCUACUGCUUCCCCGCCCUGGUGGUGGGCAUCGCCGCGGCCAUCGACUACCGCAGCUACGGCACCGAGAAGGCCUGCUGGCUUCGAGUGGACAAUUAUUUCAUCUGGAGCUUCAUCGGGCCUGUUUCCUUCGUGAUCGUGGUAAACCUGGUGUUCCUCAUGGUCACACUGCACAAGAUGAUUCGGAGCUCCUCUGUGCUGAAGCCUGAUUCCAGCCGUCUGGACAACAUUAAGUCCUGGGCCCUGGGGGCCAUCACACUGCUCUUUCUGCUGGGUCUCACCUGGGCUUUCGGGCUGCUGUUUAUUAAUAAAGAGUCGGUGGUCAUGGCCUAUCUCUUCACCACCUUCAACGCCUUCCAGGGCGUCUUCAUCUUCGUCUUUCACUGCGCCCUGCAGAAGAAGGUCCACAAGGAGUACGGCAAGUGCCUGCGACACUCCUACUGCUGCAUCCGCGCGCCGCCAGGGGGCGCGCACGGCUCCCUCAAGACCUCAGCCAUGCGGAGCAACACGCGCUACUACACGGGCACCCAGGUACGGGUCCCCAGGGGCGCGUGGGGGCCCGGAGGGUCUGACGACAUCACCCCCUUGACGUGUGGGCCGCGUCCGCAGAGCCGAAUCCGAAGGAUGUGGAACGACACGGUGCGGAAACAGACGGAGUCGUCCUUCAUGGCUGGGGACAUCAACAGCACCCCCACCCUGAACCGAGGUACCAUGGGGAACCACCUGCUGACCAACCCGGUGCUGCCCCCGCGCGGGGGCACCAGCCCCUACAACACCCUCAUCGCUGAGUCGGUGGGCUUCAACCCCUCCUCGCCCCCCGUCUUCAACUCCCCAGGGAGCUACCGGGAACCCAAGCACCCUGUGGGCGGCCGGGAAGCCUGCGGGAUGGACACGUUGCCCCUGAACGGCAACUUCAACAACAGCUACUCCUUGCGGAGCGGGGACUUUCCCCCGGGGGACGGGGUCCCCGAGCCGCCGCGGGGUCGGAACCUGGCGGACGCGGCCGCUUUCGAGAAGAUGAUCAUCUCCGAGCUGGUGCACAAUAACCUGCGCGCGGCGGGCGGCGCCUCCAAGGUGCCCCCGCCACCGCCCGAGCCCCCUGGACCGCCCGUGCCCGGUGGCGGUGGCAGCAGCGGCGGAGGCGGCGGCGGCGGCGUGGAGGAGGAGGCCGGAGCACCGGGCGCCGAGCGCGCCGAGAUCGAACUGCUCUACAAGGCGCUGGAGGAGCCGCUGCUGCUGCCCCGGGCCCAGUCCGUGCUGUACCAGAGCGACCUGGACGAGUCGGAGAGCUGCACCGCCGAGGAGGUGACCAGCCGCCCGCUGUCCUCGCCGCCCGGCCGGGAGUCCCUGUACGCCAGCGGCGCCAACCUGCGGGACUCGCCCUCCUACCCGGACAGCAGCCCCGAGGGGCCCAGCGAGGCCCUGCCCCCGCCCCCGCCCGCGCCCCCGGGGCCCCCCGAAAUCUACUACACGUCGCGCCCACCCGCGCUCGUGGCCCGGAACCCGCUCCAGGGAUACUACCAGGUGCGGCGGCCCAGCCACGAGGGCUACCUGGCACCCCCCGGCCUCGAGGGGCCCGGGCCGGACGGGGACGGGCAGAUGCAGCUGGUCACCAGCCUCUGAGGGACCUCGAGGACCAGGGGCGGCCGGCCCCAGGCCUGGGAGGACCCCCGGGCUCUGGCGGAUGCAGGAGACGGACCGGACCGGGCGCCCGGGCACCGCGCACCCGCCGUGCACACGGGCCGGGCCCAGGCCGGGUGGGUGGGUGUGUGGGCGCCCCUCGGCCCCAGGUGCAGGAUUUAGACAGGGUUUACGACCACCAUUCACACCAGCUGUUGGGGAGGGGGUCGGGGUCGCCCCAGGCCCCCCCAGGGAGUGAAUGAGGAAGGAGACCAUGGAUGUGGGUCACCCCAACUCUCCCUGUGCACCCCGCUCCGGGAAAGCCAGGCAUGGGGCUCGGGGUGUCCCAGCGCAGGGUCUGUGCUUCUGGGCAGGAGGUCAGACAGGCUCUUCCCCAGCUCCCUGAAUACUUGGGGGGCUCCGGUGGGGACCCUCUGCCCGGUGAAGGCCCGCCCCUGGGGUCUUUAGGGUGGGCUGGAGGCUGGUUAUUCACAGGUGGAACUUUCUCGAAGCUCCUCCCCGCUGCUCUUCGUAGUCCUCCCCCUUCCAUGCACCCCUGUGACCCCUCCCUCCUUCCUCCCUCCCUCGGGGCGACCCCUGAUAAAGCACAAACCCCCACAGGCCCCCCUACGUGGGGGGCCAUAACUGGGCAGUGCCCAAUCUUGUGGGCUUGUUAUCCGGGGGGGUGCAGAUUUGGGUCCUGGGCUUGGAUCUCUGUCCCGGGUUUGGGGGGGCGGCUUUUAUCCCUCCUCCUUCCUCCCCACCCUCCUCUUCUCCCAUUGCUGUAAAUAUUUCAACGACAUGGAAAAGAAAAGAAAAAAAACACAAAAAGGACAAAAAAAAAAAAAGAAAAAGAAACAAAAACCAACAA